GACAACGCUUGUUAUUUUUUUGUCUCUUUGAUAAUAGCUGAUCUAACAGGUGUGAGGUAGUAGCUCAUUGUAGUUUUGAUCUGUAUUUCCCAGAUGAUGAGUGAUGUUGAGUCAGCCAUCUUCUCAUGUGUCUGUUGACCAUCUGGAUGUCUUCUUUGGAAGAAUGUCUGGUUGUGACGUUUUUCUCUCGGCCCAGCUGUGUGGACCGUGCCACACGCCCUCCAAACAACAACGGCUCUUGCGUGCAUAUUUCAGUGUUUCUUUUGUCAGAGAAUCCAGCAGAGCCGCAACUCGUCCAGGGCCAGCCCUGAGCUGAGUGAGGAGUGCCCAGCCGAGAUGGUGAAGAUGACAAAAUCCAAAACUUUCCAAGCUUAUCUGCCAAACUGUCACCGAACGUACAGCUGUGUCCACUGCAGAGCCCACCUGGCCAACCACGAUGAGCUGAUCUCCAAGUCUUUUCAGGGAAGUCAGGGACGAGCCUACCUCUUCAAUUCUGUGGUGAACGUGGGCUGCGGGCCCGCGGAGGAGAGGGUCCUUCUCACUGGGCUGCACGCGGUCGCAGACAUCUACUGUGAAAACUGCAAGACCACGCUCGGGUGGAAAUACGAACAUGCCUUUGAGAGCAGUCAGAAAUACAAGGAAGGAAAAUUUAUUAUUGAGCUUGCCCACAUGAUCAAAGACAAUGGUUGGGAGUAAAGUGAAAACUUUGUUCUCUUCUGAAUACUAUUUUGCGAGAGACUGUAAAUGUAACGGAGACGUAGGAGCAUCCUGGAUGACAGUAUUUCUUGAACUUGAACCUUGCGGGCUGGCCUGUCCCGGCCGAUCCGGUGGUAAGGUGUCCCUCCAGCCUCCGUCCUGUUCACGUACAUGGCUGUUUCUGAAAUGUUUCCGUGACCUUUUUCUAACUUCUCAAGUUCUAGAGAAAGAAUUAACCGACUGAUGACUUAACCGCCUAGUUAAUACCUUCUUCUAAGCUAUGCCUUUAAGAUGGAGUUUGGCUGCGCUCUUUCAUGUCUGAUAGAAAACCAAACGGAAUUUCCAUGGACCACAGGGUUAAGGGCUUUUCAGAGCGAGUUCACUCCCCUCUUUUGGAGUGAGGAUACUGUAGGCCACUUUUUUUUUUUUCUAAUUCAUGAAGCUACAGAUAGGUUAUUCCGCUUGCAGAUGAGCUGUGAAAGCAUAGUGCUCAUGUAGGAAUCUUCCAGAAACAGUCAACAAGUCAAAAAAAAAAAAAAAAGCCAAGGGACCUUUUUUUUUUUUAAGCCUUGUUCAAAACUAGAAGACCCCAUUGAUCACAUUUUAGAUAAGCUAUAAAUAGAGAAAUAUGUCUGAUGGAACAUCUUGUUUAUUUAAGCCAAUAGCUUCCUUAUCUAGAAAGCGAGAGCGUUAGCAGAGACCGUUCCAGGGGGCCGCAGGUGCACAUAUGGGGGGGGGGGGCUGCAGCCGGGCAGGGCUCUGGAAGCGGGGCUCCUGUGUCCGCCGCUGACGGGGUGGUCCACGCAGAGUUUAACGCACUGGACCGAGUCCGAUCGGAUCUCCUUUUCUACUCUGAUGUACUUGAAGAAAAAGAAUUACUCUUGCAUACGAAAGAGGCCAGACCGGCGGGAUGAACUUCCAAACUUGAGAUUUGGGAGAUGGUUUUAACAUUUUUUCAGGAAAGGUUAAACUUCCAAAACAGUUAAACUUUAUAAGUUGAAAUGGGUCUCCUGCGCCCCACUGAUUCUGUCCCUUGAGCUGACGCAGAGGGGACCUGGGCCGUCUCCUACGUCCUGUGUCUCCACCACGUACUUUAAGUUCCAACCCACCUGUGCCUCUGCAAGGGGAGGGCACUAUGCAGGGUUUUGGCCAAUUUUCAGAGAACAGAGGCCCAAACCCAUUCCCAGUUAAGUUUUGGUUUUCAAUGUUCUGGCCUGACUGCGGCCGCUGGGCCCGGUCUGCUGCCCCAGGGCCUGGGAGGCCUCGGGAGUAGCGAGGCAGAGAGCCCCGAGAUCCGGGAUCUCCGGUGCUGGGGGCAGUGCCCGGGGCAGGAAAGGGCCCAGGGAGGCGGGGAGGGAAGGGCGGCCGCGGCCCGGGUCCCCUGCGGACCAGGCGGGAGCCCGAGCGCAGGCGCAGCCCCUUCCAGGCCGCCGUGGGCCGCGCCUCUGCCUCGGGUGGAAGGCGGGGCAGGUGGGGGCAGGUGGGGCCAUGCGGCGCCCGCCCGGGAUGGGGACAGCUUAGCCUCGAGCCCCCGAGCGCCCUCGGUGUCGAAGGUCACGCUGAGCUGCCGCCUUCGGGCGCCGGGGUGCUCCGGCCACCGCGCGGGUCCCCCCCCCCCCCCCGCCCCAGCUGGCACUCGAAGCACCUCCGUCCUCAGCCGCCCCUUCGCCGCGGAGCGUGUACCCGUCGCUGCAAACCUCGCCUAAACCCUCGGCUCCUCCGCCCGCCGCAGGACAGGGCCGCGCUCCCGACGCCCCCGCCGGCUCUUCACGGAAACCGAGGACGCCCCGAAGUCUUCUGAGUGAGCUGUGUACAUACUGGACUCCUAUUUAAAGCUUUUGUAUGUUCUGGGCAAGUUUACUGCUCCUCUGAUCUGAGCACUUUGGUUUUUGUAUUGUCUUUUGUGAUGGCAUUGAAACCUUUUUACCAGUGGUCUUAGGCCUUCUUUUGUACUUUUCGGUUUUUUUGUUUUUGGUAACUGAUACCAACGAAAACUCUUAACACUUUUUUUGUUGUUGGUCUUCCGAAAAAUCGAAGCUCCUUUCGAAACCAAAUGAACAGACCGUGAAGCUGGCUCCAGGGAGGGACAUUCUCGAGACCACAACCAGAUAUGCUGGUGGAGUGUUGGAAUGUUCCACCCUUUUGAAUCCCUAAACAGUAAAUAUCAUCCUGUGUCUUUUAUUUAAAUUAUUUAAAGUAUUUUUGUCCUUGAAGAAUGGGGAGGGGAUGCCAGGACCAUAAAUGCAUUUAACUUAAAACUAUGUAGUGUUUUCUGGCGCAGCACAUCUGCUUUAGAAGCGUGGUUUAGUUUUGUCGCCGUUUUAUAUCUACAUAUAUAUAGUAUUUUUGUACCUUAACGCUUAUUCUUGAUGGCAUCUAUCAGAUCCUAGGUGAGAUCAGACAUGGGAAUUUUUCCAAAAGUCCUUUAAUUUACCUGGUGACCUCACCAGGUACUUACAAAAUCUGAGUGGUUUUAAUAUCUAGAAAACUAAAUUCCGGAACAACCUACAGAAAUGUAAACCCUUGUUUGUCAAAGACCCUUGGGUGGAUCUGCAGCCAGGGUGGCCCGGGCCUGCCUGAGGCCAGGUGAGUGUGGCCACUGGGCACAGCUGGAGGGACAGACAGAUGGACAGCAGUCCGAAGGUUUGCCCCUUUGAGCAGGACUGCCAAGCUCAUGUGCACAAGCCUCCUUCAGCCUCCAUGUCCAGCCCUCCGUCCUCUGUGUCUGUGUGAGGUUGAACAAUAAAGCUUCCAAUGUCAGA